ACACCUGUACCCACACAUACUUAGAGCGGCUGCUGGCAGGAAAGAGCUGGUCUGGUCACACUCCCUGGCAAGCACAUCUGACUCCAUAGAGGCACAUCUGGUGGCGGCAGCUGGAUCUCCGACUGCCUUUGGUCUCCAAGGCUCUCCGAGGAAGGGAAGAACUCUCUUUAGCACUUGGAUCUUUCUAAGCGUCUUCCACAGCCGGAUCCCUGCUGUCUUUUGCCAACCUUGACCUGCCCCCUCCCCCCGGGCCCUCCCCAACAGAGACUAAGCGAUGGCUUCCAUGGGACUUCAAGUACUGGGGAUCUCUCUGGCCGUGCUGGGCUGGCUGGGGGCCAUCCUGAGCUGCGCGCUGCCCAUGUGGCGGGUGACGGCGUUCAUCGGCAGCAACAUCGUCACGGCGCAGACCAGCUGGGAAGGGCUGUGGAUGAACUGCGUGGUGCAGAGCACCGGGCAGAUGCAGUGCAAGGUGUACGACUCGCUGCUGGCGCUGCCGCAGGACCUGCAGGCCGCCCGGGCCCUCAUGGUCAUCUGCAUCAUCGUGGCGGCCCUGGGCAUGUUCCUGUCGGUGGUGGGAGGCAAGUGCACCAACUGCAUGGAAGAUGAGUCCACCAAGGCCAAGACCAUGAUCGUGGCGGGCGUCGUGUUCCUGGUGGCCGGCCUCUUGGCCAUAGUCCCCGUGUCCUGGACGGCACACAACGUCAUCCGUGAUUUCUACAACCCUCUGGUGGCCUCUGGGCAGAAGAGAGAGAUGGGCGCUUCGCUCUACGUCGGCUGGGCCGCCUCGGGGCUGCUGCUGCUGGGGGGAGCCCUGCUGUGCUGUAACUGCCCCCCCAGAACCGAGAAGCCCUAUUCGGCCAAGUACUCCGCAGCCCGCUCCGCCCCGGCCAGCAACUAUGUGUAAGCUUCACGCCGCUUUGUUCCUGGGUCACUGGUUUUGUUUUGCUUUCUUCUCUUGGACUGAGCUCCCAGCAGACUGUGACUCCCCCUCGUCCACGCCCAGAGCCACUGGCUACUGGGGGGGAUGGACAUGCAGGACUGAGUCAGGCUACUGGCUGCAAGUCCUUGGGGGACCCUUCUGCCCAUCAUGGACAUCUUCCCAAAAUUCCUUCCCCCACCCUCCAUAAGGAUGGACGGAAAAAAAAGACUCUCUUGCUGUCUACCUCCCAAUGGCUCAUGGAGGGCAGUAAGGUGUGGUGAGGAGCUGGUUCCUGCUGGCAGGGAGAGCUCAGCGGCGACCUUGGGCUCCAAGUGGGUGGCUUGCCCACGCGGGCCCAACUGUCCCUUUUCUAGCCUCCUAAGUCCCUCUGUCCACAUCUGUUACUCUAGCUUUUUCUCUUGCCAUUGCACUUCACAUCCUUUGCAGUGACUGACGAUGGCCAUUGGCUGGCUGGGUGGGUGGGUCACUCAGUGUGGUUUGGGCUCUGCCAUGAAACCCUUUGACUGUGACAAUGGCCAGGGCUUGACCCACCCACCUGCCAAUGGAAUGGAGCUGAGAGUGGAUGGACAGGUUUGAGGGAGGGGUGGAGGUGGAGUAAACUGGUUUGGGGAGUGCUGGGGCAGGGGAGAGGAAGCAAUGAAGGCUGUCUCCACCCUAUCCGGUCCUGCCUUGGUAUUGUGUUAUUAUGUUAUGUUGAAUAUUAUGUUACUAGACUGUCUCCCCCUCCAACUCCAGUCAGCAGAAGGACCCUCAAGCCCUUUAAGACUAGACCCCCUCCUCCCUGGGAUCCCCCGGCCUUCUCAAGGACACUGGCCAACUUGAAGAAGGUAUGGGGGAGCAAUGGGAGUCUUGGGGGCUGCCCCUGCCCAGUCUGUUUUGUAAUCUGAGACGAUCUAGUCAUCACUGUAAUUAUUAUUAUUUUCUACAAUAAACGGCACCUCUGUACCGGAA